CGAAUGUUGAUGUAUUAGGGCGACGGAUGAUAACAAUCGUUCGAAAUAAACAUUGAUAAUUCACUUACAGAUGACUGACACUCGCCACGGAGCAACAAUAGCAUUCAUGGAUGAGGAUUGUGGACAUGAGGAUUUUUCUUCCUCGACCGAUGAACUGUUAAAAACGCAAUUUCCAAUGCACCACGCUUGUCGAGACGGUGACCUAGAAACUCUGUCACGCUUACUGUCGUCUGGCAGCUAUAAUUUAUAUGAAGAAGACGGUCUAUAUGGAUGGACACCCGUCCAUUGGGCGGCCCACUUCGGGAAGUUGGCUUGUUUGAGAAAACUGACAUCUUUAAGUAAUGAUGGUACACUCUGUCACCACGCUACCUCACGAUUUGGACAGACCCCUCUGCAUUUGGCGUCUCUCAGAGACCAACCCCAUUGUGCUCAAUGGAUAAUUCAAACUGGAGCUAAUGUUGAAGUUCAGGAUUACCUUGGAGAGACACCUAUUCACAAAGCUGCCAGGACAGGAAGUAUGGAGUGUGUCAGUCUACUUGUCUCGCAGGGAUGCAAACUUAGUAUCAGAAACCACAAUAACCAAACCCCUAGCCAGGUUGCAGCUGAAUGUGGAUACCAGGAAUGUGCCAACUACUUAGAGAGAGCAACUCAGAUGCAGCAGCAAGCAGAGGGCGUGUACAAUGAGCUGAGGAUGCCAGUCACCCAGACCAAUCAGAGUAAUUCCAAUAUGAUACCAAAUGGUGUCAAUGGAAACCGAACUGUGACAGAUCCUAACCUCAUUAUGCAAGGUUUGAAUGGCGGUGUAGUUCCUGGUCAGACUGGGGAAGACAACACUGCAGACUGUGAAAUGGACAUGGCCGAGUCAAUUGGAGAUGGCUGCAUGCAAGGAGAGGCUGCCAUGUUCUUCAGAGCGGGCAUGAAAAGAGGACGAGAUGAUUUGGAGGAAGAAUGUUUCAAGAGAAUGAGAAGGGCUGGUCCAGCACAGGACCGUGCCUGCAACAGUUGCCUGCCUGAUCCUUUAACAAAUGGCUAUUGUAGCCCUGAUGCAAAACGUUUACUGUGCCUGAAUCAUGAUAGAAUCACCCAGGGAGUUAAUAAUAACUACAAGAAUUCCACGGACAGCUCCAGUGCACUUGAACACUAUAGUUCUCUCUCUGUACAGCAGGCAUAUGAGAUUCUUUUCGUGGAUUCAAUUUCCAAUGCCCAUGGUUCGUGAUGUCACAAUUCAUCUUCAUGACUUUACACAAAGUUUUAAGCCUGCAAUAUAACAUUGUCUUCUCAUUUGUCAGGGAUGAAAUGUUAUUUAGAUGUUGAACACUUACUAUACUGUUUUUGUAAUUGUGAGCAAAACGUUGCGAGUUGAUGAUCAUAAAGUUGGUUUUUGUCUUCACAGUAUUAAUACAUACAGUGCUUUUGAGGUUUGAGAGAGAAUAUUACAUUGUAAUGAUGUAGCCUCCAAGUUUCCUUGUUUUAUGAAUUGUGAUACACUUUCACUGAACAGUGGUGGACAUAUACUAAAAGCAAUCAAACUUUUCAAUCCUUACACCAAGAUUUCUCAUUCCAAAUUCCAGAGCAAAUAUCAUUUUACACUUUUAAUAAGGUGCUAAAUAGCCAUACAUAUCAGUUAUAAAAUUCUAUUCUAUUUUCCAUAGAUAAAUUGUUUCUCAUGCAAAUGUCUGUAUGAGUAAUAAGGUCCUACAUGUUUAUACUUCCACUGUUCUUAUUGGUAGUUUGAAUUUGUGGACGAUAACAAACUCAAUAUUGAAGAAACUGCAGUUAAAUUUGAAUGAAAAGUAUUUUUACACUGAUAGCCUUGAAAAAGUACAAGGAAAAAAUUAAGACCAUGUAUUGGGAAAUGGUAAGCAUCUUCUGAUUCAUUGAUGAAACCCACCGUGUAAAAUUUCGCCAAUACAAGUAAACAAUGUAAUAUUCUCAAAUAAGAACAAAGUUAGAAUUAAAACGACCAACAUAACAACGAACACAUCCAGCUUCAAAACACACAAGCAAUAGAACUAGAACAUAAAAACAUAAAAGAUAGUGGUGACAACACUUCUCUCUAAUCUUCAUUAAUUUUCAGCUCUUGAGACCCAUUGUUAGAAGUUUUAAUUCCUCAGUCUUCAACAUCUUUUGUGAAUCAUGAUGUUUGGAAACACCCCAUAGAAUAUUGAAUCAACUGCUCAUUAAAGAAUGUAGAUUGUGUUAUCAGGGGUUAUACUGUCUAGAAAUGGAAAAUUCACGAUAGGGAAAUCAAAAUCACCAUGCUAUCAUAUAGCUUAUAAACAACUUAUAUAUCAACUUUGGGCAAUUUUAAUAGUAGAAAUUGGUCUGAGGACUGUCAGUGGUAUUUUGUAACAGAGAAUUGGAUUUGGUUAUCAGUUCCUCACACUUACAGAUCACCGUGUGUAAGAAUUACAAAGGCAUGAAUAUACACUUACAGUGCCCAAAAUUAUUCUCACAUGUUUCAUCAGGAUAUCUGAAAUUAACACUGCUUUUCAGUUCUUCUGGAGGAUGUGGUAUGUCACUGUUUAUCUGAAAGGUCCUGAGGAAGCUUUUAGACUUAAAUUAGCAGUGUUGUUGGAUCACCAAAGUCCAAUCAUCUUUUUCAUCCUGUGAACUCAUUACAUUCCAUUCUUUCUCAAUACCGUCUUCUUGAUGAUUUGAAUCAAACUGGCAUCAUGUCAAUAAAAAUUACAUUUGUAUGAAUAGGAAAAUCAGUCGAAAGUUAAAAGAAUAAGUUUUGAUAAUUUUCAAUAAGAUUUAAUGAUUCUGCCUAAUUUGUAGGUUUUUGUAUGAAUUGAUAGAUAAUUUUUUUAGUUUUGAUAGUACUGUUUGAAUUUGUUUGGAAUGCUGACUGCCAUGCCAGGUGGUGAAAUGACCAUGAGUCUACAUCAAAGCAAAGGAAAAAAUUCAGUCAACAUAAUCUUCAUAUGUGUUCAAGGUUACAGUGUUAGCUUUAAUUAAAGCAUAUUAAUGGUUUAUCAUAGUAUAAUUACAGUUCCAUAUAGCACAAUUAUGAUUGAUCAAGGAAUAAGUGUUCACCACAACAAUCAGAUAGUUUGUAGUACCUAGAUUGUAAAACAAACGGAUAGAAACUUUUUCUUAUUACACAUCAAAAUUGAUAAAAAUCAUCAGUAUCACUGUCUACUUUUGUUUUUUUAUGAUGAAAUCUAAGGAAUCUUUUUGAUUUUCCUGUCAUGUUUUGGAGUACAUUUAUUCAAAUAAGGUCAUUAUUUAUGAUAGUUGUGAAGUAAGCAAUUUUUAUUUAUUAGCAAAUAAUAUGAGAGACAAUCUGGAUAAAUGUUCUGUUUAAAAUGAAGUAUUUUAUUUUAUUAAGGUGCUACGUGUGCUUCUAGUUUUCUUCACAAGUCCAUUAUAAGACUGUUAAAUCACAGUACAAUCUUCAUGCUAUUAACUGUAUUUGGUAUACCUUAUACUUUUUAUAUCUCGUUUAUUUCAAUAUCAUCUUAUAAGUUAAGAUCUGUAACAUGGAUUUUAUUGUUUGUAUAUGUUCUAUCUAAUCCAACAUUACUAGCCAGAAACUCAUUUAAUAGUUUGUUCAUCGAUAGUUUCAUAGUGCAAGAAAAUGUAUUUACUAUAAUAGGUCUUUCUGUCUAAAUUCACAAUGAGUAUUUAUUUUAAAUCCUUUUGAGUUAAUUGUUUAUUGAUGGAGUAAAUAGGGUUCUAUAUAUUUUCAUAUUAAGAUCCAUAGAUCUUUUGUUAUUUAUACGUUUAAUUUCUAUGAUCUGUCUCAAAUAUUUUGACAAUACAGCAUUGUCAUUGUGGUACCUGUCUUGUACAGGUGUUAAGUAUAUACAUUUAAAAUCUCAAGACUGUUAUAUGUGCAUAGCACUUGAUAUGUACUUAAGAAAGGAAAAGAGGACUUUGUCAUAACAUGUUUUCAUAUUGUAAUGCAUAUCAUUUACAUGUUGAUUUAAGGUAUGUUAAUGAAGUGAAUGGAUGUAUUGACUUUAUUUUUAAUUUCAUUAUCUUUAAUCUUAAUCUGCUGAGCAGGUACACUAGUCCUUCUCAGAAUGUGAGAAAAUAAUUCUCUUUUCACAGUUAUUGAUGUAUUGUUUGCUUUACCUAAUUAGUGAGUAAUAUACUUGCCAGUGGCAGUGGUUUACUAACAAAGUUGCAUGUGUACAGUUUCAUUACUUCCUUUAAAAUCUCAUUUCUGAAAAAGAAUUUUUAAAAAGAAAUCUUAUUAUGCAUUCAUUGUGUCAUCCAGAGUCUUGGAAAUAUUGAAAUAGUUUGGCACUUAAAUAGCGAAAAAAUUGAAUAAGGAAUAUAAAAAUUUAAUUUUAGAAUUUAGAGCAUCGUCAAUACUUGCCAUUUAUUAUGGAAUUAUUAAUUAAUUGUAUUUAUUUCAAUAUGUAGCCUUUGUGUUAUUUAUUUUUUUUUAUACAUGCAUGUAGUAGAUAUGUACAUUGUGUAUAAAAAUGGCUGUUAGCUUUUACAUAGAUUUAAUACAUUUAUAAAAUGUAAUGCUUGGUAAGCCUGUUACUUAUUUUCCCUGUAUAUAACUUUAUGUAGAGUAGUGUAUCCUUUAUAACAUGCUGAACACUCAGUAUAAACAAGUGCUUUAUUUUUUCUGAUACCAAUACUUAUGAUAAUACAUGUAAUGAAAAAUUAACAGCAAUACCUGAAUAAUGCUUCAUUGGAUUUCCAUCAUACUCAUUAAAAUUAUCGUUAGACCUAACUUUAAUUAAAUGGUUACAUGAAGUAUAGUUUGAUUACAAUUUUACCAGAUACCAGAAAUUCUUUAUUACAGACUAUAGUGUACUAGUUAUCCUUCUCCUGAUAAUUUUUAUCGUACAUGUAAAAAGAAACUGGAAACUAUGAAAAGCCCUAAAUAUUAUCAUCUGUAUUCCAUUCUUUUGCUGCUUCUGAUAUGUUAUUUUUUUAUUGGUCAAUAAUGCAUUCUCUAUUAUAAAAGUUUUGACCAUCACAUGGAAUCAAUGGUCAUAACAAUGAUCAAUAUCACUGAUACUGCCUACAGGUAUAGUUUAUUCUAGAUUAGUUCCCAGUCACUGAUACUGCCUACAGGUAUAGUUUAUUCUAGAUUAGUUCCCAGUCACUGAUACUGCCUACAGGUAUAGUUUAUUCUAGAUUAGUUCCCAGUCACUGAUACUGCCUACAGGUAUAGUUUAUUCUAGAUUAGUUCCCAGUCACUGAUACUGCCUACAGGUAUAGUUUAUUCUAGAUUAGUUCCCAGUCACUGAUACUGCCUACAGGUAUAGUUUAUUCUAGAUUAGUUCCCAGUUAUAGCUACAGUUACAUAUGAAACAUAAAUAUCCAAAUUUUGAUGACUUAUAACCUGUCUUUUUAGUUCUAAAACAUUGUCUGCUCACAGAAACUGUGACAGAGAAAUGAUUUAUUAAAAUGUAUCUCAAAUUUAAUUCCAUCUUGCCAUGAUGAUAUUCCCUGCACUUUUCCUACAUGUGGUACACAGGUAUAUUGUUUGCUAUUAGUGUAUACUCUGUGCUUGAUAACAUAAUCGCUCAAACUGAUUUUGAUUUAUACUAAUCAUGUACAAGUAUGUAGAAAUGUUUACAUCAUAAUGAGGAUCAGAUUUUAGUUUUAAUGAAAAAUUGAUUGUAUGUUUGUGCGACCAAAUGCAGGUUAUAUUUAUUGACAUCAGUAUCUUCAAAACUUGAAAGUAACAUUGAUUUUUUAAUGUUACUUGACAAGCCCACCUUUAACAAGAGAAUCUCAUUACCUGUGCACCAUUUCUGUAUGAUGUUUGAAAAAUCUCUCAGUUUUGAUUAGAAAGUUUGAUUCUUAGAACAAAUCAGAAUUUUCUCCAUCUGAUCCAUGACCUAAAAUAAAUGACCCAACAUUUUGCAUGACUGUGUACUUGAUGAAAAGGACUGCUGUAUAAUGCUUUAUCAUUACAGCACUGGUCUUCUCUGAAAGGUGUUAAAUGACAUUCAUUUCUGCUGUUUUAUUAUGUUAUAUAUAAUUUUGUUAUUAAGAAGUGAAAAACGAUGUUGUAGUAAAGUGCAAUUUAGUUAUUUAA